GUUUCAAAUGGCCCUGGCUCCUUCCGCGAACAUUCCUCUCUCUCUCUCUCUCUCUCUCUCUCUCUCUCUCAAACUAAUUUAAAAACCCUUACUCUCUCUCAAUACCGUCACUCCCCAACUGAGAUCGCAGCCACCACUCUUCCCGAGAACACAACACGACCUUUUCUUCCUUGUCCGUUUGAGUAGAUUCAAACACCAGAGCCUUUCAUAAAACUCCAAAUUCUUGACCACUUUCGUUGGUAAACAUACAUAUUCAUUCGAUGGCCGCUCACGAGAGCACGAUGAGCGCAGUCGACUUCGAGGACUACUUCCCCUCGAUGAUCGUGAGGCUCGGGGCCGAGGGCUUCAUCGGCGAGCUCUGCAACGGGUUCCAGCUCCUGAUGGACUGCGAGAAGGGGCUGAUCACGUUCGAGAGCCUGAAGAGGAACAGCUUCCUGCUAGGGUUACAGGACAUGGGCGACGAGGAGUUCGUGUGCAUGCUGCGAGAAGGCGAUCUGGACGGGGAUGGCAAUCUGAACCAGCUGGAGUUUUGCAUCCUUAUGUUCAGAUUGAGCCCUGGGCUGAUGGACGGGUCCAAGCAGUGGGUGCAAGCUGAGGUAGAUAACGUCAUGAUUUGAGUAAUAAAAAUAAGGCACCGUUUGUUUCGCGAAGAGCAUGAAUUUUUGGAAAAUAAUUUUUUUGAAAAUAAUCACAAAUAUCACUUACACAAAUAACUAAAAGAAAAAUAUUUUCAUCUUCCAUAAAUAUAUUUAUAUUUAGAUUAUUAUCGAUAAUGAAAAUAUUUUUCACCGGUUAAUUAUUUUAAGUGACGCAGGUGAGAUCAUUUUUAAAAAAUAUUUUUCAAAUUAUUCAUUUUUCGUGAAACAAACGGACUUAAUAUCGAUAAUGAUGUAGUAGUCUCUCCUUAUUGCUUUUUGUCAACCUUGCUGCCAAUAAAAUUGGCAAUUCCUGUAGUGAUAUGGAAUGAGCAAAGAAGAAUAAGACCUGAUCCCUCUUUCGCGGACCGAAAGUGUAUGUGUAUAUUUUGAUUUUGGAAUAUUUGAUCUUCGAUUGAUGAUAGAACUAGAAUUAUGGGGUAUGCUGCUUCUUUGAAGGCCCUCUUUUGGUAAGAGAAAGAAAUUUAAGGGCGAUCUACAUAGAAAUCAAUUUAAAACAACAUAUUCGAAAGUGAGUUUCACUUCUGCUUUUUUCUAACUUUUUAGCAUUUGGUAUUUGACUUUCAUUUAAUAUUAAGCACUAUGAAAUUUUUGAAUUCUUUUAUAGUUUACUCAUCUUUGGAGGGAUCUACCCGACCCGAAGCUAUUCGUGAGUUCUUUUAUUAUGUGUUGGGGUCAUGCGGUCGAGAAUCUCAUGAUUUCUUUUUCCUCUUUUUCAAGAUCACGCAACUAGGAAAAGUAAAUCUAAGAACUGAUCUUCCCAAGAUUGGUCUUUAAGCUCAAACUUCAUUCUUAUAAUUCGUAAAAGUCGAUACACUUCGGUCUUCUCACUCAUUUAAAAAAAAAUUAAUGGUUUCCGUUUAUCAUAUUUGUCAAAAAAAAAAAUUGAUUCACCGGACAAGCUUUGUAAAAUUUGUCAUUUGUAGAUGCACCAUCCUGUCUCGAGGAAUUCAUCGAAGCCCUCAUAGGGACCUACACCGUCAAAUACAAGUUAGGGCGUCUGAUUUUGUUACCACGAUUGGCCCUCCGAUGUAUAAUUUAGAGAUUUAAGAGGAGAGAAUAUAUUGUGGAGUGCAUGAUGGGAAGAAGAAACUUACCUACGUGGCUGAGUCACUCCUUGUAGAUGAAGGUGAUCGAGGCCAUCGGGUGUUAGUGACAAGUAGUGAUCUAGUAAUGUUGUCAUUCUCUACAUCUAAUCGUAUUUGCAUUUCACAUUUAAUCGCUUCUGGCGCCAUAUUUACUAAUUGAAUCCAAUUAUGAAAAAAAAAAUGUCA